AUGCCACGUCCAAAGAAAGCUGGGGCACCGGAGCCUAAGAAGAGGAGUAGGAAUGGCUGUUGGCCCUGCAAAACUCGAAAGGUAAAAUGCGACGAAACUCGCCCAACAUGUGUAAAUUGUUCGAAACAGAACGAAAUUUGCGAUUACAGCAUACGAUUGAAUUGGGAGGGUAGAGGCAAGAAGAGGGUUCAAAAUGACGACGACACUGGGCAGGGAGCCUUUUCUAUCUCAAAUCCAGUGACUCAAACUACUCAAAGUGCAAGUCCUCACCUUUCGGGGUCAUUCACAGGCUUCCAAUCUUUUCUCCCGGUGUCUGCUCCUCGAGAUGAGCGUUUGAGCCGCGACGAUAAGGCAUAUGGUGUUCAAAUGGCAGAUAUGUCAAUGAUUGAUCCCGCCUUGACCAGACCUGCUUAUCCACCGAUUUCAACUUUCCAAGAUACGCUACCCAGGGAUCAUGGUCACCCAAAUCAGCAGCAGCCCCCAAAUCUUGAACGAUAUCAAUCCAGUGCCCCGAUCACUCCACUUUCAGCACAAUCACCUGGUCUAUCAAUAUCUAGCCAACUUCAAGUUGCGGAUGAAUCUGGAAGUUCAAAUUCAAACAGAAGCGCACCUCUGAAUAUCGAAAGCCCAAUGUCAACUCCGCCAUAUCUUGGAAGCGGGCGCGGGACACCGGCAGCAGAAAGCUCUACAAUGGAAAGACCUGCUAAACGCACUCGAUAUGACAGCUCGCUCUAUAACUCACGCAUGCUUCCUCCUCUGGUGCCCAGUUUGGACCCCAACGAUGAACCUCGAAAUGCAACACCUGCUAUGUCACAGGUAGAAUCCGGGACACUACGUAGGGUGGACGUUAAUAAGAUCAAAACUAUACCAAGUCGCAAAUAUUCACGCAGGCUCUCCGUAAGUUCACUUUUAUCGGGACCACUUGAUGGAGCACCGUCGGAUCACCAGAGCCAUGGAUCAGGAUGGGAUUACCGAAGUCAGGAUUGGACUCCAUAUAUGCAUGAUGUAUAUCAGGACACCGAUACAUGGGGUAUUGACCGGGGUCUGGUAGAUUUGGAUAUUGGAAGGAAUGAUGAUGUAAACGCCAUUUCAGAAUCAUCUUCCACCCUAGUGGGUUUUCACCAGGAGUCUGAUGUAGAAUAUGGAGGCGAAUUGUCACCAAUGGAGUUUGGAUUCGGAAUGGAAAGUAAUGAGACGGCUCUUGAAGUUGGAUACUAUGACAAACCGGUUUCGAUAUGCAUACCCCGUAUACUUCAACCCCUUCCUGCGAAACUGCUUGAAAAUCCAAUGAACCUACUUCAUCACUUUCUCGAUCACACAGCAGGUUGUCUGAUACCGCACAAUUGUUCGUCUAAUCCAUUCCGUAGUAUCUUACCACAAAUGGCCGUUCGGGACGACGAUCUUUUGCAUCUUCUACUUGCAUACUCUGCCACACAUCGGGCCAGACUUCUGAGACAACCCGAACCUGCCACUCGAAUAGCUUUGUGGGUCAAAGAUAUCUUCCCCAACCUUAGGCAUGCGCUCGACGACCCAAACAAGAUUACGUCGAAUGUCAACCUUGCGACGGUGAUCAUGCUUGCAUCUUUGGAAAUAAUUUCCCCAAAGGUCUUUGGCGUUGCCGUUCCAUGGCAGAAGCACCUUGAAUUUGCUCGUCAAAUGCUCGUCGCGAGAGGUGGAGCCCACCGAAUGCAAACGCUAUCGCGCAAGGAUAAGGUAUCGUCUUUUCUAUGGAGUUGGUUUGCCUACUUGGAUGUCCUUGGCAGUAUGAGUGGUGGUCAAAAUCUUUCAUCUGCUUGGAUGCUGGAUUAUGAAACGGAAGAUGAAGAAUAUGGUUAUCAAAUUGACUGUAUCCUCGGUUUCACCAGUCGUUGCGUCCGCAUUCUUGCUAAGGUCGCUAAUCUUGCGCGCCAAUGUGAUGCUCUUCGCAUUAAUGCUGAUUCAACAAUUAAUGUAGAUUGGCAACCAUCCAAUGAAGUAGUCGUCCGUGCCCACAAACUUGAAGAAGAUCUCAUUGAGUCACGUCGUCACCCAGCGAAGCCAUGCACUCAUAUGCAAUCUAAGUCCGAAGCAGAGUAUGGAUGGGAUAGUCUUGAGGUAGCAGCAACCAACGAAGCCUUUCAUUCUGCUGGACUCGUCCAUCUUCAUCGCAGAAUACUUGGAAAGCCUUCAAUUCACGAAGAUGUCCAACAUGCUGUUGGUGAAAUCCUUGGCUCUUUCAGCAAGAUUAGGAAAGGAAGCAGUGCCGAAGCCUGCUUGUUAUUUCCAAUGUUUACGGCUGGAUGUGAUAUUCGAGAUGAGAAGCAAAGAUCCGAUAUCCUUGAACGAAUGAACAGGGUUGAGAGGUACGGAAUGACACAAGCACACAAGGCGCGAACAUUGAUGGAAAAGGUUUGGGAACUUUCAAAACCAUGGGAGACGUUGGUGGGCGGGGAAUUCUUUGGCUGA